UUGGUCUAUAUAUGCAUGGGAAAAUUGUUAAAACAUUAGGCAUGGCUCAUUUGAAAGGUCUCUUUGUGCUUUUUAAGAUAAACAAAAAAUAAGAAUAUUGAACAAAUCUGUGAUAAGACCUCUUUUCCUGUGGCCUGGCUCAUACAUUACUCACUCUUCCUAGUCAUACAUUGUGAUCGUUAUUGUUUAAUACUUCAACAUUCGUCAACCAUUCAAAGGUGCAUUGUGAAAUCUCAAAUCAAUUUAGGGUUUAUUGAAUCACAUGUUCAACAAAGUAUUUAUAUAGCUUAAAACCGGUUUAAAUAAACCAAAGCACAAAUGCCGCCCAAUCAGGCUGACAUGAAAAGACAGUACAGAAAUGUGUUGAAUCAACAAAUCACCGCAUACAGGACAAACAGAAAGCAUCCAAGUGUUAACCGCAAAGUACUGUCACGGUGUCUCGAGUAACCGACCAAGUUCACUGGUGAUCUGGAAUAUAACUGAUAAACGCACUAUACAGAAAUGAAGGCCUUUAUAGUCAUUUUAAUCGGACUUGUUUUGCUAUAUGAUACAGACGCUCAAGGUCAGAAUGGAACCACUGCUGUUGGGCCUUGCCCUGCUGUCGAUCCCGAGGCUGCAAAGGCGAUUUCUUCAACAACCAAAGUGACAUUACUAGUGACUAAUACCCUCAGCUAUCCGAUACGAUUUAUUUGGAUUAAUUUCGCUGGUGAAGAAGCAUAUACUCAACAAAUAUCUGAAGGGGAACAAGUUCCCGUAUAUACCUACGCAACACACUCAUGGGUUGCAAAAGCUUAUACAGUUGCUAGGCUUGAAAUAAAUGGCUCGUGUGUAUUUACAACGGAAUACAACAAUAACGCAUCCGUCUAUUUAAGCAUCUCGGAUUCCGAAAAUAACCCAGGAGCUCCUGAGACUGUUGAACAAAUGACAUGCCCACCAAUAGAAGCAGGACUCCUGAAAUCUAAUACCUCUAAAACACCUAAAAAAGUAUAUUUCUCAAAUGAUGCUACGGAGACCGCUCAAAUUCAAUGGAUUGGAAUGGAUGGUAAAGUCGGAUACUAUGCCGAUAUUAAGCCAGGUGUUACCAUAUUCAUUUACACCUACGUUAGUCAUGUAUGGAUUGCCGUUAGAACAUCCGACUUUAGCAGACUGGCAAUCGGCAGUAGUUGUUCUUUCAAAGUCAUAGAUGGCUACUAUACGCAAUAUGUCAGCAUAACAAAUCCAGUGAAACGUGAGUGCCCUCGUAUGUCCAAAGAUAUAGCAGCUAAACAGUCACAGAUGCAAGUGACAUUGAAUGUCAAGAAUGAGAAGACAGAAGCAAUUAGGAUGCUCUGGAUAAACUUUGAAGGUGACGUCGCAUGGUUUUUCCAAAUAAAUGCAGGAGAGGAACGAAUUAUCAACACUUUUGCAACUCAUCCUUUCAUUGCCGCGACGCUGUCUGGACAGAGAGAGGCGAUCAACGGAGCAUGCUAUUAUGUCACCCCUGCCAGUGCUGGCGAGCAGUCAUUGGUUAUUAAAGGGGAGAAGGCUAGUUUGUGCCAAGAACUAGAUGGCACUAUAAAAACAGGGGAUACUCCCUCCGGUGGAAACAACGUAAGACUUUACUUCGAAAAUCAGGCAUUGAUGGAUGUCGUCAUCCAGUACAUCGAUACCAAUGGAGAUGUCACUAGUUUCAAACAGUUCGUUCGAGAAGGGGAUACCAGCUAUGUGACCACGAAACGGAACAGCACUUUUAUCGUACGCGCAGACCACGAUGACACUAAAUUGUUUAUUGACAAUAAGUGCAGCAUAACAGUUGAUGUAAAUGCGGGCACUGUCAACACCGUAGUAACUGCUUACAACACAAAUGAAGCUAUCUGUCCAUCAGUCAGCGAAAUAACUGAGAGACCGACAGAGACAGAUAGCGAAAGAAGUUUAGACGUGACAAAUCAUGCUCGUAAAACAGUCAAGCUGUACGCUGUUUCGUCAGAUGGAACAACGAUACUAAUAAAGUCCAUCGAAUCUGGUUACACAAGGGAUGUCACGGUAAAUAAAGGCGAUCCCAUCAUAGCGAUGGUUGAGAAUACUAAUAUGAGAAUCAAGCUCAAUGACAAAUGUGUAUACGUCGUUGCAAAUACUCCAUUUUCCCAGAAAGUGGACCUUGUACCAGAAGGAGCUCCUCGUAUGCCUGACACGUGUAGCCCACUUGAUGGCAGUUUAUAUAGGUCCAUCUAUGUUGACUACCCUAAGUCGAUCAAAGUGGUGAAUAUGCUGAAUGAACUUGUGAUAUUUCAAUGGGUAGAUUAUCAAGGAAAAGCGGGCAAAUACCAGGAUGUAGUUCAACCAAACGGAGGUAUCAUUCGACUUGGCGGUUAUGGGUCUGCGCCUUUCAUUGCAAGGACGGAGAAUGACGAACGCGUUUUGCUGAAUGGUUCUUGUGUUCUUACUCUCCAGAACACAUACCUGAAUAAUUCAUUAAUAUAUCUGACAGCAAAACGAGAUGAGCGAACAGCUCCUGUUGAUGGGACAUUUGCGACUCAAAAGUUUAGCCCUCAGGUAACGAUGAACAUUGAGAACACGCUUGACAGAAGUGUCAAGGUGUUUUGGUUGAACUUACUGGGACACCCGUCCUGGUCAAUGACUGUAGCUGCAGAUUCUACGACAACAAUUUAUACUUCUGUUAGCUCCCCUUGGAUUGCGAGAGUUGCCGGGAGUAGACAACGACUGCUACUAAAUGGCCGCUCGAUAUUAAGAAUAUCGGACUCUAGAAAAGUUGAGACUGUCACCAUAAGGGAUGAAAACAGCCCAUACUGCCCAAAAGCGGAUGGGGCACUCAGAUCAAAAUCCGGUAAUAAUCCCGUCAAGCUGUACAUCACCAACACUCUAUCAUACUCAGUAAAUAUGUACUGGUAUGACUACAGUGGUAAUAUGAAGAAAGCUCUCUACAUUCCUGGAAAUAACUACACCAGUUGGAUGAGUACUGCCGCCUCUCAUCCUCUCAGUGUCAAGAGUUGGUUCUCGGGGGAACAAUUACUGAUCAACGGUAGUUGCUUCUUUACAGUUCGUAAUGACGCUGAUGUUCAAUGGAUAGAAGUUACGGACAAAACCAGAGAUAUCGGAUGUCCCUCAAUCGCAAACAGACAAACCAAAUCAACUGGGAGCUCAAGUCAAACAACUAAGUUCAAUGUAACAAACAACGCCAAUACUCCUGUCAACCUAGUAUGGAUGAGCUUUGACGGCACAGACGCCUAUACUAAAAUGAUACCAACCGACGCCACUGAACUAAUCCCGUCUUGGGUUAACCACACGUGGAUUGCUACUUCAGUGUAUUCAAAUCAGCGCUUUACUCUGGGAACAGCCGAAGGGGGUGCGAGGUGUUCCUAUUCGCCUACAGGUUCCAACAACCAAAACGUUAUAAUUAAUGCAGAAGAUGUGAAACCUGUCUAA